GCAACACUUUGUCUUACAUACCCUUUUUGCGACCAAUUUUCAUUACAAACAGCUUCUCUUCCUUAAAUUAUCAAAGAAAAGAAAAAUGGUUUCUGUGAACGUUUACCUUGAUAAGCAAGAAUAUGGAAAGGACAAGGUUCGCCUUCUGAAGGUCCAUCGUGAUUCCAAGGUCCACCGUGUCGAUGAUCUUACGAUCCGUUGCUUACUUUCCGGUUCCUCCUUCACAACUUCUUAUACUGAGGCCUCUAACAAGGCUGUGGUCGCAACAGACUCGAUCAAGAACACCUGCUAUGUCCUUGCCAAGUCUUCCAAGGUCGUUGAUACCCUUGAACUCUUUGCAGCUGAGCUCGGCAAUCAUUUCUUGGACACCUACAACUGGGUUGAGGGGGCUCAUGUUACCAUCAUUCGUCAUCGUUGGGCAAGGAUGAACAUCGAUGGUAAGCCUCACACUCACUCCUUCUGGCGUGAUGGAGAGGAGACUCGUCAAACCGAUCUUUUUGUCAAGCGUGCUGCCGGUGGUCGCCGCACUGUCGAACUCAAGUCUGCCAUUGAUGGUCUCCUUGUCCUAAAGACCACAGGAUCAUCAUUCGAGGACUUUGUCCGAGAUGAAUACACAACCUUGGCAGAGACCAAGGAUCGUAUUCUUUCGACAUGUGUGGACGCACAAUGGGAAUUUAACAUCCCUUCUGCUCCAACCGAGAACUUGUUGUCGACCAUGGCUCAGAUUCCGUUCAACAAGAUUUAUGAGUCGGUCCGGGAGGUGACCUGCAAGACCUUUGCAGAGGAUGAGUCCGCCUCUGUCCAGGCUACGUUGUACAAGAUGGCUGCUCAGUCGAUCUCUAACUGGAGAUCUCUGAACCGUGUCUCCUAUGCUCUCCCUAAUCGUCAUUUCUUUGCAGUUGACUUGAGUUACUUCAAGGGCACCAAGAACUUGGCAGAACAUGCCGACGUCUACCAGCCUUUGACUGAUCCUUCUGGAUUGAUCACUGCUACCGUCGCUCGUUCCCCUGAUACUUCUGCUCGUCUUUAAAAACAUACAAAUAAAUAAAUGAAUAAAAUAACAAUUUGUACAUAGAGGAAUUUAUUCCGCUCUAGACCUUGAAUAGCAAAG